AUGCAUAGGGACGUCAAGCCGGAGAAUGUUCUGCUCACCAAGGCUGGAAGGCUGAAGCUUGCAGAUUUCGGAUUGGCCGUGCGAGUUGCCGAUGGUCAGCAAUUGAUUGGUGUUGCUGGCAGCCCCGCGUAUGUGGCACCUGAGGUUCUACUAGGAAAUUACUCGCAAAAAGUAGAUAUAUGGGCUGCUGGGGUGCUUCUGCAUGUUCUAUUGAUGGGCACUCUUCCAUUCCAAGGAAAUUCUGUCGAAGCUAUCUUUGAUGCUAUAAAGACUGUCGAGCUUGACUUUCACAGCAGUCAGUGGGCAUCGGUGUCAAUGCUUGCUCGUGAUCUCAUUGGCCGAAUGCUUAAUCGAGAUGUCUCUUCAAGACCCUAUGCCAAAGAUGUUCUCCGGCACCCCUGGGUCUUAUUCUACACCGAAUGCCCGCAGAAAGCUGAAUUCUCUGACCUAUGGGGUACUAACAAGACUGCAACUCCCAUGAUUCAUAGGGAGAGAGUUAGGUUUGAUUACUGCGAGUCUUUAUCUUCAGAAUCCUCAACUGACAACUCUGAAGAGCAAGAUGAAUGCGGUAUAGUUGACGCACUGGCGACAGCAAUAACACAGGUGAGGAUAUCAGAGCCCAAGAGGACCCGGCUGUUCAGCCCAGCCAACGGGCUGUUGCCGCCAAGCAGGAACACUCUCCGAACUUGA